AUGGGGAGCCGGGAAAAGGCUUGGAGAAAGGGGAGUGACAGGACCAAAGUGGCACUUGAAGAAUCUCAAUCUAAUCCUGCUGCGUGGGAGGGUUGUUUUUCUAUUCCUAAGGGGAUAGAAGAAGAAAGCCGUGAAAGGUGUUCUGCAGCCAUCUGGGCAAGUGGCCAUGAAAGCAUGAACCAAAGCGGCAGCAGAAGGAGCGAAUUCGGGUUACCCAAGUACAUUUCUGCACGGGAGCCGCCGGCCCGGGCUUUCCUGUUCCCUUUGUCUUGUGAUCUGCGGGGCAGUUGCUGCCCUUGGGAAGUGAGCGUGAGGGCUGUGGGUUCCAGACCCUUCCCCAGGAUCUUUCAGCUCGGGCUUGCACGCUCUCUCGCUCUCUCCAGCCGGCUCCAUAUUGCUGGGCCGGUCCCUCCGGUCUCGCCCCGCGUUACGAAAACCUGGGUUUCCGCGCUGUGCCAAGACCCCAUCAAACCUGCCUCCAGCAACCUGCCCAGGCCCGGCCGGCAGCACGCGCCGAGUGAGGGCCCCGGCGACCGGCCGCCCCGCGGCGCGCUUCCCCCCACCCCGGAAGGGGAGGGCGGGGGCCGCGGACGAGCUCCAGGGGACCCCUGGCGCCCCGCCCGCCCCGCGGAAGGGCCCCAGGCGGCGAGCCGGCUGCAGCCGGAGGGCGCGGGGGGAAGGCACCGCUCGCUCCCGCUAACGCAAAGGCAGCGGUCAGGGCGCGCUCCUGUGCGGAAAGGCCCGGGAAAACUGCAGCGAGGCCACAGCGGGGACCCCCACACGCGUGCGGUGGCGGAGGGGUGGCGGAAGCCCGAGUUCGCCUGCAACUCCGGGGACGAACGCGCCGGGCGGCGCGCACGCCCCGCUCGCAAGAGGGCGAGGGAAACGGGAGCCGCGAGGGGGCCCGGGGCACGCAGGACGCUGGCCGCGAGGGGCACCCGCGGCUGCCCGGCGGGCGGGAGGCGCCGGCGGCAGAGACGGCGGCCCCCGGCUCGCUUCCCCUGGCUCGGCUCUGCAGGAGGAGAGGCGGCUGCCGGUGACAGGAAGAGAGCGGCGGUGGCCGCGCGCGCACGCACCGCCUCCCCCGCCCGAGCACACACCCGGACCCGCCGCCGCCGCCGCCUACCUCCGCCGCCGGCCGGCUUCCUUCCUCUGCGGGGCCCAGGCUGCAGCGGCCGCCUCCAGCGCGCGCGGCUCCGACGCGCCCCGGACCCGGCUCCCCACCCUGCGGCCGUUCCCGACUCAAGCUCGCCGUCUAUCACCGGCUCCCCGCCGCCCCGGCCGCGGCCGCCGCUUCCUCUAACUCAGCUCCAGCCGCUCGCGACUCCUCUCCGUGCGCCCGCGGCCCCAGCGCCCGGCGCCGGCCACGCCUCCGGCCCGCCCCACGCGCCCCGCCCCCGAGCCCGCGCCAAUCAGCGCCCCGCGUCUCCGCCCCUCUCCGCUGGCGCCGCGCCCUCCGCCGCUGCCACUCACCUUGCCGGCCUGCUAGCCCGGCGGCCGGCGGGGCGGAGCUCCGGCCCCGCGGACCCUUCCUGCCGCCGGGCUCGCCUUCUGCUCCCAGCCCGCCGGGAUGCCCUGGGCGGCCGGGCCGGGCGCUCUGGGUUUGCGCCCGCCGGGCCGGCCAGGCUGCUGCCCCGCCUGCGGCCGAGCCGGCUGCCGGGAGUCUUCGAGACCAGAGGCGGCGGGUCAGGGGGAGAUGGAGGACAAGUUCAGACUUAG